CCGAAAUCGCGAACUCUUCCCAACGUCAACCGCCAACUAUUUCAUUGCUACUGGAGAAUCAUAACCAAGCUAGAAAUCAUGGGUAAUGAUGGCGGGAGUAUUCCGAAGCGAUGCGAACUGGUCAAGUCUGCCGCUCGCAACCCCACAGCCGCUGAGCUUAAAGAAACCCUACGCGAACACUUAGAGCAUUACUGGUCGACUUGUCCUCUCUCGCAUAAACAGCUACUUGCGCCUAUAGUAUCCGAUUCCGCUGGAAAUCUUUAUAACAAGGACGCUAUAUUAAAGUUCCUCAUGCCAGCAGAUGACGCCGAAGAUAUCAGCUCGAAAGACGACUGCGAAGAGAUAUUGAAAGGAAGAGUCAAGGGACUCCGCGAUAUUGUUGAGGUAAAGUUCGAGAUCGACGAUGAUGCAAACGGUAAAAAGCGCAAGGUCUGCCCGAUCACUCGUAAAGAGCUGGGUCCAAAUGUGAAGGCUGUAUACAUUGUUCCCUGCGGCCAUGCGUUCUCCGAAGAGGCGAUCCGAGAAAUGAAAUCCGACAACUGCUUACAGUGUAACGAGCCCUACCUUCUCGAGAACAUCAUUCCAAUUCUCCCGUCACAGGACGCUGAAAAGAAGCGGUUGAUAUCUCGUGUGCAAGAUUUAAAUAGCCGGGGUUUGACACACUCACUUAAGAAGGCCCCUGGCUCGAAAAAGAAACGGAAGAAGAACGGGAGUAGCGCUGAGUCGGGUGCCACAGCUACCGAUUUUGACACACGUCCUGGCGUUGAUGGCACAACAAAUACAGCCAAACCUCCAUCUGCACCUAAUAAUAGGCCUGAUAGCAGGACCUCCACACCAGUACCUUCGGGAAUUAAGAACGCUGCAACAGCGAGAUUAACAGCACGAGUACUAGAGGAAGAGAGGGAACGCAAUAAACGCCGAAAAAUGAUGGGCGACAACGAAACCAUACGAAGCCUCUUCACAUCCGACUCAACGAGAGAGCGCGGAAAGGACACAGAUUUCAUGACCAGAGGCUAUUCAAUACCAGCAGGGGCGAAAAGAUGAGGUUCUGAAACACGUUCAAACCUUCAACCGGUCACUCCACACUUUCCAGAAGACUACCACCUGCACCAGCAGCACCAAUCGGGUUUCUCAACUCCUGCCCGUGCUGAUGUAUUUGAGCUUGAGCCUCAGAAAACUGCAUGGGCCACACACUACAUUCCAAGCUUCGGCGCUUUGGAUGGCCCACCACGCUUAAGAAAAACAUAUCGCCCUUCGUUCAUAAAUUUGUAGCAAGAUCCACGAUUGUCCCGUCGAAGUUAAUCUGGGUCUUAGCCCGUGGGCUACAUAAAAUACAAGUGACUGGUGAUAUCAUCUAGUAGCCAUUAGCACUCUAUAUAAGUCUAGAUGUCGGCUCUUCGAGAGACAAAACAAACCUUCUUGUGACGGUUUGACGGUGACAUUAGAGAGAAACUUUAUAAAUGGUCUCUCUAGCAGUUGCAGAGGUUCGGAAAGUCGACAUCUGUAAUUUCCGGGGGCGGAGCCGAAUUUUGCGGAACCUGAGCUGUGGAAACCCUCUCAUACCAGCACUACCCGUCUUUCUGACACUGCAUUCGCAUAUGAAUUUGUACGGCUAGCAGCACCAUGCGAUUACGACCGCAAUGUGGCUUGUAAAUGGCGUGCGAACUUUUGAAAUGCUUGUCCAACAAAAUUGCGGUGGGCUUAGAGUGUCAUGAAUAAACAGUAUACGGAAAGGAAUCACAAACUCAACAACGGGCAGGCAACAGUGGGAAACUUGUGCGGAGCCGAUACUGUGGUCCAUGUUAUGUUCUUUGUAGGAUUGGACAGAUAGAAUUCAAUAUAUUGAAUAACCAUCUUUGAGUUGAAUUUUUGGACUCUUGAGUGAAGCUGUAAUUAUUCCCCUAGAAUAUAGCGAGCGUGGUAAGAAAUACUCAAAGUGCGCAAGCGCUUUCACCCAUUUCAUAGUUCAUAGACAACUUCUAAGUUUUUAAACCAGACCUACAGAUAUAUUUAUACAGAUUAGCAUGACAAAAAAAAUAACCAGAAAGGAAAAGCAGGAAGUUCCGAACGUAGAUAGAACAAAUCCAAAGCAAUAGUCUACAUGCGCCCGCCAACUGAAAAGUGGUACACAAUUCCCCGCCACUCUUCACAGCACCGCACUCCAAUCAAUCUAUGAUCAGGUUCCCCUUAAUAGCCAACGGAUUAACCAAACCCGCCAAUCUUCACCGCUCUCUUUCUCAUCACCACGUCCCUCAAGCCCUCGCCCGACCAGUAACCGGCAAACCCCUCCUCGUCAACUCCUCCUCAAUAAUCUUCCAGCGCCCAAUCUCCUUCUCCUUAUCGAUCGGCGUGUAUCUCCUAUCCAUGAUCUUGACGUUGGGCAGGCUGGUAAGACGUUUAUCCUUAAGGAGGUGCUCUGCCAGCUUCUUCGGCUUCGGCUUCGAGACUUCAGAGAGGAAGCUCAUAAGUCGUGAUGGUUUGGUGAUUUUGGCCACUUCUGGGUCUGGGAUGCGGUAGCCGGCUAAUUGGCUGGCGCGUUUGAGAUACUAUUUUUGUUUUGUUUUUGUGUCAGUUCUGCUAAUGUUGGGUGGGGAGAUGAGGAGGGGCGAAAAAGGAGGGGACGAGAAUAAAUCCCUGUGAUUGUCAUAUGUAUUAUUUACAACAGCCGGGAGAUGGACGAGCUUACAGCAAAUUUGAACUCGGGGUCUGAAAGAGGCAUGCCGAGGAACCCGAGAUUCGUAGGACGGUAGGGUCUUGGGUCAUUAGUAUCCAUUUCGUCUUGUCUGGCCUCCUCAGGCAGAGUCUCGUCCGCCUGGGUGGAUUCCGCAGCAAAGUCGACUUCUUCCGCUCCCGCUUCAGCGCUAUCUUCUACUGGUUCAUAAAGUUGUGAAAACCAUUCAUAUAUAGUUUUCUUCGCUUCCUCGCUAGGGAAAGUCAGGGAUGCAGUAGCGAAAUCGGUAGUUGGCGUCACCUCCGCCUGGUUAAUGAUAGAGAGGAUCUCAUCUUCGUAGCCCAUGAUAUUGCAGCCGUCUGUGAGAGGCUUGUUCAUGGUUUUCAAGAUGAGUAUUUCGACCAUGGUUUGGUGGAGGAUUUGGUAGAAUUUGGUGCGGGAGGUGACUUUCUCGAUGCUCAUAAAUCUGUAAGAGGCAGUUAGAAUACAACUGGGGGCAUGCUUUCCCAUUCGACCGAAGGGGAUCUUCAGAAGCAAGUGGAAAAUGC